AUGAAUACAACACCCACCAUGUCCUUAGAGAGAAGUUUUACGAGCCUGACAAACACCCUUCUCUCUUCACCGACGACGUCGCCAGUAAAAAAGACCAACAUUAAUAUCUCUAGUUCAACAUUUGUAACAAAUGAUCUACAACAAAGACCAAAACCCGGACUCUCGAGCAAGGAGAAGGAAAUUGUACAAAAGAUAAAAUUGCAAAAGAAUAUUCCAUCGGGAUUGCUUUUGGCAGCAAGUUUUACUUCAGCGGAAGAAGUCAUUGAGAAAAAUCUUCUACAAGUAGAUGAAGAGCAGAAAGUAUCUCUCUCCUUGGAAGAUAUUCAAGCAUUGUUCAAAGCAAAAUGCGUAGAUCAAAAUCUGCAAUACAUUCCAGAACGAGAGGAUAGAUUUAUUGAUUUAAUACAAAAAAAUUGUAGUGGACUACUUUUUUCUUUAAGAGAGCAUGGUCUUGCAGACGAAGCAGCUAAAGCGUUAAGGAAAAUUCUCGCAAAUAAUAGAAGUUAUACUAUUCUGGAUCUUUGUGGAAACAGGUUGAGAGACACUGGUACUAUCGAACUAGCGCCUCUGCUUGAAGACAAUCAAACAAUUGUUAGAUUGGACUUAAGAUCCAAUGAUAUUGGAGGAAAGGGUGCAAAAGCAUUGUUCAACUCUUUACUAUAUAAUCAGACGUUGACGAGCUUAGACCUAUCGGGGUUGAGUGGUAUCAAUAGAAAUCACAUUAGCACGAAAGGAGCCAAGCACUUGAGCGAAUUGCUACAACAAAAUCAAACUCUUUGUCAACUCAAUUUGGCAAGUAAUGGAAUGGGAGCAGAUGGUGUCAAAAUACUUUGUAAGGGGUUAGUGGAUAACUUUUCCUUAACAGAGUUAGAUAUUAGCUCCAACAACAUUGGUACGGCAGGUUGUGAAUCUCUUGCACGAGUGUUAGACAGAACUAAUCUUCAAAAACUGUCAAUGGAGCGAAAUCAAAUUGGUAAUAAGGGAGUUUUUGUGAUGUGCGAGAAAAUGAAAACGAUGCUAACGCCAACGUUGACUUAUUGGGAUCUAUCUGAGAACAGAAUUACAAGCGAAGGUGUGGAGGUAUUGGUAGAUAUGCUGAAAAUAGACAAAAGUUUGAAAACAUUAAGAAUUGAAUGUAACGAAUUUGGUGAUAAGGGAGCUGAAGAUUUUGCACAACUACUUGAGGUGAACAAGACCCUUAAAAAGCUGAUGCUUGGAGAAAACGCAAUUGGAGAUGAGGGAGCUAAGGAGAUUGGAAAAGGUUUAUCACUGAACAGAACUUUAAAAACUCUGCUACUGAACAACAAUCUUAUCAAAGACACAGGCGCAAAGAAAAUUAUACGAGGUUUAAGCACUGGAACUAAAUUGAAACAUUUAGAUUUAUCCCACAACCGUAUUGGCGAUAGAGCAGGAGUUGAAAUUGCUCGCAUGUUGACAACGAAUGAAACCUUACGAACUCUCAAUUUAAAACAAAAUGAGCUGAAAACAUCAGGAGAUCAAAUUUCAGAUGCCAUGAGAAAGAACUUCACCUUGAUUAACUUUGAUUUUUCGUUCAAUGAUUUUAGCUACAAAAGCUUUAGUUAUAUUUCAGAAGCGUUGAAACGAAAUGAAAAGUUGCUGAAAUCAAACGAAGUCGAAAGGUUGAAAAAGAAAAUAGAGCUUCUUCAGGAUACAGAACUUCGAUUAGCUGAAGUGAGUGAUAACUUGGAAAAAGAAAAAGAAGAAGAAGUUAUGUUGUACAGAGAAUUAGAAGAUUCUGAAUAUGAACUUCAACGAGUGAGGCAACAAAGCCAGCAACAGUUAGAUAGACUUCAAGAAGAGCUUGAAGCCAAGAAAACUCUAACGUUUGAGAAAGAAAAGGAAUACAGAACCUUAGUUGAAGGUAUACAAGAAGAAAAGGAUUUAUUCGAAGAUAGAUGCAGGGAAAUUAUUGAUAAAACCGAUUCUGAACGGAGACGAGUAGAAGAAUUGAAAAAGACCAAGCAAGCAAUGGACAGAGAGAUUGCAGAGCAGCUCAAGCUUUUGGCAAAUGAAACAGUACCUCUUCUUGAGAGUUUAAAAACGGAAGAAAAUAAUUUUAACAAGGAGAAGCAAAAAACAGCUGUCGCAGAGAAAGAGCUAUAUUCACUGGCACGAAGAGUUCAAAAACUAAGUGACGAAUUGUAUCCUCAAGAAGUAGUUAAGGAAGAGAUUGACUCAAGGCCAUCAACAUCCUCAGGAAGAAGACCUUCGGUGAAAGACAGUUCGCGAACCUCCACAAAACAAUCAUCCGCCUCAAGGUCACGCAGAUAA